CGCGUCCUCACUGUCUCGGAGAUCUCGGCUUCGGCCAAUGGGCGGCUUCGCGUGAGCUGGGCGCCGGCCACGUGACUGCGGCGAGCCGCGGCCGCUGCCCCCCGCGCCCCUGCUCCCCUCUGGCCCCUCCUCGCCCCCCGCGGCACGCGGCAUUCAGCCGCGGUCGCCCGGGGCAACCCCGGUGCCGGCCCUGCGCUGAGGGGGCGGUAACGGCCGCGCCGCGCGCUGUCGGGAGGAAGGGAGGGGGCGCGCGGGCCGCGGCGGCCGCCUCCGAGCGGCUGCCCGCGGGGGCGGCCUGCAGCCGCGGCCGCUCCUCCGGGAGGGCGGCUUCCGCGGCCUGUUUUCCCAGAGGCGCCGGAGGGGCGAGGCCGGCAGCGCCGGGGCUGGGAGCCUCGCUGUGUGGCGGAGGUCCCUCGGCCAGCAGUGACAAGACAACAUCUGAGCUUCUGCAGUCUCUCCUACCAUCUUCCUAGGUCAUCCUGGCAUGUCAACACUGGUUUCUGUAGCUUUUGUGGCUCUGAAUGGCUAGUGAAGAGGGAUGUUCAGUCUAAUGGCCAAUUGCUGCAACUGGUUAAAACGGUGGCAGGAACCUGUCAGGAAGGUGACGCUAAUCAUGGUGGGUCUUGAUAAUGCUGGAAAAACUGCUACAGUUCGAGGAAUUCAAGGAGAGUCUCCUGAAGACGUAGCUCCCACAGUUGGUUUUUCGAAGAUUGACCUUAAACAGGGACGAUUUGAAGUCACCAUCUUUGAUUUAGGAGGUGGAAGACGAAUUCGAGACAUCUGGAGCAAUUACUAUGCUGAGUCCUAUGGUGUGAUCUUUGUCGUGGAUUCCAGUGACAUAGCGAGAAUGGAAGAAACAAAACAAGCCAUGAUAGAAGUUUUAAAGAGCCCUAAGAUAUCGGGGAAACCUAUGUUAGUGCUGGCAAAUAAGCAGGAUAGAGAAGGAGCUCUGUCAGAAGCAGAUGUAAUUGAGUCGUUAUCUCUGGAAAAGCUUGUCAAUGAACACAAGUGUCUAUGUCAAAUUGAACCUUGCUCAGCUGUCAUGGGCUAUGGGAAAAACAUUGAUAAAUCAAUAAAAAAAGGUUUAUAUUGGCUCCUACAUAUCAUAGCAAAAGAUUUUGAUGCCUUAAAUGAGCGCAUCCAAAGAGACACUACAGAACAAAAAGCAUAUGAAGAACAAAAGAAACAAGAACGAGCUGCGCGAGUGAAAAAAAUACGAGAAGAAAGGGAAAAAGAAGAAGGAAGAAGUGUACCUGAUGAGGCAGACUUUGGGCCUGGGAACUGCGAAAACCCCUUCCAGCCUAUAGCUACUGUAAUCUCUGAGAAUGAAAAACAAACUGAAAAGGAAAAGAAGCGGCAAAGGUUGGAGACUGAAACGGCUACCAUUGUCUUGAAAUCUCAAACAGGGCAGGAACAAAUGGAUGUACAGCAUUUAUCCAGUAGCGGUAGCCAAAAAACAAAUGAUAAUAGACUAGAAACUUGCAAAUCUACACAGCAAUUACAGAAGGAAGAAGAGAGUGAGCAGCAAGCAUCAGAAUGCCUUGAUUCAGAUAACAGUAAGAAGAAGAAAAAAACAAAAUUAAAAAGGGGCCACAGGGUAGAACCUGUUAAGGCAGAAGAUACUGUCUCCAAAAAUCCUACGCCACCCCCACCUCUUCCACCAGUUGGCUGGGGAACUCCCAAAGUUAAUAGACUUCGAAAACUUGAGCCUCUUGGUGAAACACAUCAUGCUGGAGUAUAGGGAGAAGAAGGCAAGAAAGAAAAGCCAGACAAAGAGAUUUCUAUGGAAAACCUCUACCCCCACUGACUGUACGCCAAAGACCCAACAGUGAUAUCCAUGAUAUCAUUGCUUAACUGGAUCACAGAAAACAUUUAAAAAACAUGAUCAAGAAGUUUUAUUAGAAACAUUAUUUCCUCGAAGGAAAACUUGUCAGCUUGUUGCAAAAUAAGAACUUGGUGGCAAUUAAACCUGGAGUUAAUUCUGUUGUACUUAGUUGAUCAGACUUUCUACUUCAUUUGUCAAUUAUUAUUUACAUUCACCAGCACUUCUUCAAGAUUUAACAUGAAAGCAAGUAAUAUAUAUGUGUCUAAGAAUGCUCAUAUAAAUAUGGUACUGAAUAUUUUGGGAGUUUGCUUGCUAAAAUUCAUAGCUGUAAACUUGAAGAAAAAUAACUUUGUAUGAUAUAAUACUAGUUUGUAUGUUCUCAUCAAGAUCUUUCUCCAGGUGCUGAGCAGUGAUUGGUAUUUUUGCAGCUUAAUAAUUAAUUCUAAAGCAUUUUGUAAGAUUCAUAUAUGUUAGAAUGAAUAUAGCAAGGUUAUGCAACAAAUUUUGACUAUUUUUCUAACUUUUUAUAAAACUAUUUGAAAAUUUGAGUGGACUUCAAUAUCUCUUCCUAGUAAAAUGAAAGCUUUAGAAAGUUGAUAGCCAAAUACAUAUGAGCAGAAUACAUUUGACUCUUUCUUUCUCUAUUACAGCAGCAAUACCUUUUGUUAGGAAUUACAUUAUCAGAUUCAUAUUUCAUAUUUCUGGGACUAUGAAGGGGGAAAAGUAGAAAGGAAAGUCUAAGAUAAAUACAUUUAACACAAAACUAUGCUAUUAGAAUUGUCUAAAAGUUUUACUAUGAAUUGCUUUCUUAGUUUUUUUAAAUUGACUUGGGUGUAGAUAAUAAAUUAAGUUAAAAACUUUUGCUGAAUAUUGUAUUUUCUACUAUACCAUAUACAAAAAUUGCAUGCACAGAAGUUUUGCACAAAUUCAGUCAUCAAUUGUGGUGAAAAACUGAAUUACCUAACAUGCACACAUAAGCUCUAGCACUUUUUACCUAGAUAAUACCAAAAUACCAUCUUAAAAACAAAAACAUCCAGAAUUUUAAGUUCAUAUAUAACACUUCCAUGUAAUUUUUAAAUUUUCUAAUAAAAAUCAGAUAUGAGUGAUAUGUAAACAGCAGAGGUUAAAAUUGGAUUUAUUCUCAUUUAAAUGGUCUGUACAUGCUGUUUUUUUCUCUUACAUUAGGAGUCAGCCAUUGGUACACUGUGUAAAUAUACAUAAUUACACCACUUAAUUACAGCAAGGAUGAAAGUCCUAAUCAAAGGUUUUUUGAAGAAGCAUUACCUGACAAUUUUCCAUUAUACUUUCAGUCUUCCAUAACAUGGUAUUUCCAAAUGACUUCAGUAAUUGUUAAAUCGACACAACAUAUAUAUUCAGCACUUCGACAUUUGAAAUCUUUGCAUGAAGGCUUUGCCAGAUGUCCCUUACGUCAAUGAGUUAUACAAAUAAACAUCUACCAUACUAAUUGAAAUGAAAUCAUUAAUUAGAAUUUUAAACAGUAUUCUUUGGUGAAAAAAUCAUCAGUCUUAAGAAUAUUGUUUGGAAGGGGUGGAAAGGAAUAUUCCAAGUUUGAUAGCUUAGUGCAAGUAUGAAACAAUUUAUAUGUGACUGUCAGAAUGGGAAUACUUCUAUUGUAAUCUAAUAGGGUAACAUGGUUCUGUCUGAUUGUUCUCAGGACUUAUGUCACUUUCAUUUUAAAUAAACACUACCUUUACUGCA